AUGAGUUCCUCGAGCAAUAAUGUCUUCGGUCACGUUCGAACAAGGCUGCGACAGUCUCGCUCUAGCGUGGCGCUGACGACCUCGACACCCUCUCAAUUUGAGUACACCAAUUGGGAAAAUGUUCCCAUGGCAUUUCAGCCGGUCGAGAGGGCAGAGGUUCGAGUUGUGCAUGGCUACUACUUGGAUCGACCUCUUCCUGGGCCCCCUCCACGCCCCCGAACAGCAUCUCCGGCUCCAGCUUUCGAGGCUCAGGCCAGUAUGGAUAUGGGCAAUCUCAGAAAUCCCACUCCUCGGACACAUCGCACCAGAUCGGCUGAAAUAGCGCAGAGGCACUGGUCAGGUUUUGAUGAUCAUGAGGCGGUCACUCAAAACAAGAGAGCAAGUGUCAACAUUGCCAUCGCCCUCCCCCCAGACCAUCUCGAUCCUCCUCCACCGUACUCUCGCUAUCCCUCUCCGUCAUCCACGCGGUCUGAAUAUCGGCCAAGUCCACAGCCUCCGCAUGUUCACGGCCAGCCGUUUAUCAAACCAUACGAUCCAAUCGACUAUGUCAGUCAACCAGGUCAGACUACAAGACGGCCGCCAGAGGACAUCCCCACCAUAGCUGCUCCGGAGCCGCCCACUCCAGUUUCUCCUCUUAACGCCCUGGAUUUGCAGUACUUGGCUAUGAGACAUCCUCCAGCCACCGAUGGUAACGUUACCAUCGAGGGCCUAUUGGGUCACCCUUUGCUGCAACAUAGGUGA